AUGCUGAGGCCCAUUCUACUCGCAGCAAUUGCGCUGCUCGCCACCUACCUGUACAACAAGCUGCGCUACAAGCGUUUGACGCAGCACGCAAAGUUACCGCAGCUGCCUCCAAGCUUGUUACUCGGCCACCUGAAGACUCUCGAUAAGCUGAUCAAGCGUGGCCCAGCAGACCGUCAUCCAGAUGUCAUGUUCUCCGAGAUGCACGAAUCCCUUGGCAGUCCGCCUCUGAUGUUCGUUGACCUCCGACCAGUCAACCGCCCCAUGGUGCUCGUCAGCUCCUACGAAGUUGCCGAACAGAUCUCCAAAGCCUCUCAAGAUUUCCCAACCAGCAUUCCCAAGACAGACCUCAGCUACAUGUCAAGUUUAACCGGGCCCACCUCCAUCCUACAUGCACAUGGAGAUGAGUGGAAAGCUCUUCGCAAGAGAUACAACCCGGCUUUUGCCCCGCAGCAUCUCAUGACGCUCUUGCCAUGCAUCGUUGACAGGAUCCCGAAAUUCAUUCAGCACCUCGAUACUUUGGUGAAGACCGGCAAUGAAUUUGCCAUGGUCAGUCUUGUCACAAAUCUUACUUUCGAUAUCAUUGGUGCAGUGGUUAUGGACGUCGACCUCGAAGCUCAACCAGAGGACCCAUCUCAGCAAGGCGAGCUGGUGCGCCUCUAUGUUGAGCUCUACAGCACCUUUUGGGAUGACAAGGCCAAUUUCCCCUGGUGGAUGAUUCCCAAGACUACGAUGAAGCGCAAUCGCCUUGAAAAACGCGUCAAUGUGCUCCUUGAUGAUAUGUUACGCCGCAAAUUCGCAGAACACAAGACUCAAGGAAGCGACCAAUCGCGGAGUAUCUUGUCACUGAGUUUGCAAGACGCCACGGAUCUGACACCAGAGCUUCUGAAUGAGACGCGUGACCAAAUCAAGACAUUUCUACUAGCAGGUCACGAUACUUCAAGCAUUACACUCUCAUGGGUAUUUUAUUGGCUCUCACGCAAUCCACAUGCCCUCAACGCUGUGCGCGAAGAGCUUGACAACCUAUUGGGGCCUGAUAGCGAUCCGGAAACGAUAUACGCCAAGCUUCUUUCCCCUGAUGGACCAGACCUGAUACGCCGAAUGUCGUAUAUUUCAGCCGUCCUCAAGGAGACUUUGCGCUUGCACCCACCCGCCGCCACGGCGCGCUACGUAAAGCAGGGGACUGGAUUCACGGUACGCGCGCCAGAUGGCAAUGACUAUUGUCUUGACGAUAUGAUCAUCUACAACUGCGAGGGUCUUAUCCAACGCGAUCCAACUGUCUACGGGGAGUCGUACUACUACUUUAAGCCUGAACGAUGGUUGGUUGACGCGGCCAACUCCACUAUCCCCGCUGGCGCAUGGAGACCAUUUGAACGGGGACCGCGCAAUUGCAUUGGGCAAGACUUUGCCAUGAUUGAACUGCGCAUCAUCAUUGCCAUUGUCGCACGCCGAUAUGACUUUGUAAAGGUUGGGCUUGGGGAGCUCUCCUUUGAUGGCAAGGGUCAGCCAAUACUUAAUGAGAAUGGCAUCCUGGUUGCCAAGUCAGAAGUGUACAGUACACGACAAGUGAAUUCAAAGCCUGUAGACGGAAUGAAGAUGAAGGUGAAGAUGGCAUCAAAGAGUCAUUAG